AUUCACAGCCACGUCUGUCAAACCAUUCUCUUUCUGUGUGUCUGCUCUUCUGUACUAUUAUACAAAACUGCUCCUUCUCCUCUAUUUCCGCCUUCAAUUCUUCACAGAAUUCCAAAAUUACCCUCCUCAGUCGUCUUCUCUCCGAUUUCUACUUCCAGAUCAUAUCAAAUCUCUGUUCGUUUUGAUUAUUUUUAUGGUUUUUAGAUUCGAUUUAGUGGAUUAACUUCUCAUGGAACGGAUCGUCGGUGGAAAAUAUAAGCUCGGCCGUAAGAUCGGCAGUGGUUCCUUCGGUGAAAUCUUUCUAGCUACUCAUAUCGAUACUUUUGAAAUCGUUGCUGUUAAGAUCGAGAACAGUAAAACAAAGCAUCCGCAAUUGCUCUACGAAGCUAAAUUGUAUAAUCUUCUUCAAGGAGGCAGUGGUAUUCCUAACAUAAAAUGGUCCGGUGGCGAUGGCGAGGACAACGUACUAGUUCUUGAUUUGCUUGGACCUAGUCUUGAAGAUUUAUUUGUGUAUUGUGGGAGGAAAUUCUCGUUAAAGACAGUGUUAAUGUUAGCUGAACAAAAGCUUUCAAGGAUAGAGUUUGUGCAUUCUAAAGGGUUUCUGCAUAGGGAUAUCAAACCUGAUAAUUUCCUUAUGGGUCUUGGUCGUAAAGCAAAUCAGGUCUACGUAAUUGAUUUUGGCCUUGCAAAAAGAUAUCGUGACGCCACAACUCAUCGUCAUAUUCCUUAUAGGGAGAACAAAAACUUGACGGGAACUGCACGUUAUGCCAGUUGCAACACUCACCUUGGAAUUGAGCAAAGUCGGAGAGACGAUUUGGAGUCACUUGGAUAUGUAUUGUUAUAUUUUCUGCGCGGAAGCCUUCCAUGGCAGGGUUUGAAAGCUGCCACGAAGAAGCAAAAAUAUGAUAAAAUUUGUGAAAAGAAAUUGUCAACUCCUAUUGAGGUUCUUUGCAAAUCUCAUCCAGUGGAGUUUGCUUCAUACCUACAUUACUGCCACUCGCUGACAUUUGAUCAGCGACCUGAUUAUGGAUUUUUAAAACGCCUGUUUCGAGAUUUGUUUGCCCGUGAAGGAUAUGAAUUUGAUUAUGUGUUUGAUUGGACCAUUAUAAAGUACCAGCAGGCACAAAAGAACAGAAAUCAACCUCGUAUAUCUCCAGUUCCUGGAGCAAGCAGCAGUCACAUUGUGUCAGCGGAUAUGGAGAAUCAUCAAGGAAGCAAUAAUGCUCCAUAUUCUACUGAUCUCAUAAGAUCUGCUGGUCCUGGUGUACACAUGCAGUUUAAAUCAGCAAUAGGAAAGAAUUUGAGCUCUGAUAAGCAUGUCGAUAACAAUGUUGUAAAUGAUGUGCGCAUCCCCUCCACCUCAUUUUCACUUGCUGGUACCUCAAAAAGAAAUGCACCAAAACCUGUUCUGCCCGAUGAAGCUGCAAAUCCUAGUCAGGGGCCCAGCAGCAGAAUUGGUCCUUCAAGUAGCUGGAUUUCUUCCUUGCAACGAAUACAUUCUUCCAAGUGAUCACUGUGGUAAUUUUUCUUACAAUGUGUUACCAGUGGGUAAAGUGGGAUACAUAUUUAUGGAAGCUAUGCUGUGUCAUGUUUAACAGUACGGGUGACAAACUGUUGUGCAUCAUGUCUUAGCAAUGGAUCGAUGCCAGACGAAUUUAGUGAUACAUCUAUUGGAGGCAGCAAAACUUUCAGUUACCGUUGUCACGCUUUCAGCUGUAUAUCUGUUAAGAAGUUUCCAGUGAUGCAUUUAAGGGGCUCCGUUGUGCUUUAUUCCUCUCCCAGAAGCAGCUGACUUUUUUGUCUUAAGGUGAAUUCAAACACAUUGGUUAGUCUGGAAUGCUAACUACCCAAAGUUGAGACUCUGUGCUGUACAUAAUUGUCAUGAAUGGCUCAUACAAAUACUGUAUUUAUGGUUCAUGUAAUGUGAAGCUUUUCCCCCCCCCUUUCCUCAACUUCUCACCUGGAGACAUAAUUUCUCUCCACCAAACCUUGUUUGUCGAGAUUUUUUUUUAUUAAUAUUGUUGUUAGCUUCGAUAAGGUUAUAACUUUGGGGUGUACUAUCUUGUUGUCAUGGUGGUGGCCUAAUGGGACUAGGCAUCUGUUGUGUACUAUCUUCUUUCUGCUAUUCUCAUUUCAGAUCCCGUUAAGGAGUGUUACGGGUGUACUAUUUAUAUUUAUAUUGUCCUCAGUUUAUGGAAGUUUUGCUGUGAAAAUGAGGAAAAUUGUCUUUACUACUA